AUGAAGGCUCUUCUCCUCCAAGCCAAUAUCAACCACUCCGCCAGGGCGCAAGACCUGCUAAUGCAACACCUGGCGGAGUGGAACAUUGAUUUAGCCGUGGUGGCGGAGCCCUAUCGAGUCCUCCAGAAAGACAACUGGAUGGGGGAUAAGGUGGGCCUCGUCACCAUCAUCGGAAAGGCGGAGAGGGGAGCACUCCCUCUCUCCCUAAUGGGAAAGGGGGAGGGCUUCGUAUUGGUUAAGUGGGGGGAAGCUAUAGUGGUAGGGGUGUAUUUCUCUCCAAACAGAGACCUCGCCCAAUUCGAGGAAUAUCUGGGUAGGCUGGCGGACGAGAUAGACCGCCACCUCCCGGGUAAGGUACUGGUCAUGGGGGACCUCAACGCGAAAUCUGACGCGUGGGGUUCCCCGGUGACCAACGCUAGGGGCAAGGUCCUAGAAGAGUGGGGGGCACAACCCUUCUAA